GCACUUACAAUUAAUUAAAAUGGAGAUAAAUAAUAAAAUAUACAAAUGUGAUGUUGAUGGUGAGAUCCACUAUAGAAACUUUUAAGAGUUGUUGGGUUUGAGUAAAAAAUUAGUAAAAUGGGGUAGAUGAUGUGACAUUAUGGGAAAUUGAAAAAAUGAUGUGUAAAUAUUUUAGUGAAUAUAAUGGAUGUAGAUGCUUAAACCGGUGUAGGAAACAUUAUGUGAAUAAAAAUAAAAGAAAAUCACAAGGGAAAGACAUGCUAUGGAAUGUGAAACACAAUGCCACAUGCCGUGUCAUCAGCAUCCAUUCUCUGUACUUCUUUUUCCUGACUAUUAAAAGUUGAAAGUAACCAACAGCCUGUCGUUAUUACACCUUCUCUUUCCUUUCUCAAGCUAUGCAUACCAGGAAGAACCCCUAUAUUUGGAAAUAAAAAUUAAAAAAUUCAAGCUAUUAAAAUAUUUAGUUGAACUUGUUAAACUGAACACAUCAUUCAGACCCUUUUUGUGUUUCAUUGCUCGAGCUUGUUCUCUCUCUCACUCUCUGUCCACCCAAGUUUCAAGUUUUCAACUUUUAACACAUUGUCCACAGUACUCCUCCUGUCUGCACAAAUCCACAAGUUCAUCUUCACUAGUGGCUAAUAAGUUGGUAACCUUCUCUUUUGCAACUUCCAGUUUCCUUGGAACUCUAUCUACUUGGAUGCUAGGUAGUUAGACAUUAAUUAUGAGAUUUUUUUAACACUCUUGCUGCAGAAGCAUUCUUUGGGCUGCAAAAGUAGUGAUUAUGGAAUGGAAUUUGAAAGCAAGUUCUUGGGAUUUGAGUGAAGUGGAUCAAGCAGCAACCAUACCCAACAUAGAAACAGUGGAUCAUGGUUCAAUUAACAGAUUUGGAGUUUACAGAACAAAAGGGGAGUUUUCUGUUGACUUGAAGCUUGGUCAAUUGGGGAAUUCUAGCAAUGAAUUGGUGGCUGCCAAGUCCAAAUUAGAUGUUGCUGCUGGUGGUGUCUCCAAAAUGACUACUACUACACCUUCUUCAUCAUCUUCAGGAUCAUCUAAGAGAGCUAGAGCCAUUAACAAUGGGACUCAGAGAGUGUCAUGUCUUGUGGAUGGAUGCCAAUCAGAUCUUAGUAACUGCAGGGACUAUCACCGGCGCCAUAAGGUCUGUGAGCUCCAUUCCAAGAGUGCUCAGGUCACAAUUGGUGGCCACAAGCAAAGAUUCUGCCAACAGUGUAGCAGGUUCCAUUCACUGGAGGAAUUUGAUGAAGGAAAAAGAAGCUGCAGGAAGCGCUUAGAUGGUCACAAUCGACGGAGGAGAAAGCCCCAACCAGAACCACUCACGAGAUCUUGUGAUUUUUUGUCCAAUUACCAAGGCACCCAGCUGCUGCCCUUCUCAAGUCCACAUGUAUACCCUUCCACUGCUGUGGUGAACCCUGCUUGGGCUGGAGUUGUUACUUCCGCUGCAGAUGUUAGGCUCCACAGCCACAACCAACACCAGCAACAAAUCCACAUGGUUGAUAAACAGGACCUUUUUCUUGGAUCUUCUCCAUCCAGCUAUAAAGAAGGGAAGCAAGUGGCAUUCAUGCCAGGUGACCAAAACCCACAUCUUCCAGCUGCUUCCAUAGGCCAUAAGUUUGGCAGGCCUAGCCCUUUUGCAGAAAGUGAUGGGCUGAGAUGCAAAAACAUGUUCUGUGAUAGCCUAACAAGUUCAGUCCAAGAGUCCUCUUGUGCUCUCUCUCUUCUGUCAUCACCACAGGCACACAACACUGCAGGAAAUGGGUUUAACCAAAUGGUGAACCCUCACUCAUCCCUUAUGCAGCCCUUGGGCCUGAGCCUGCAUGAUAACAGCAUGGGGCCCGUGUACUCAGGUUGUGAUGACCAUUGUUCAUCAAUGUAUAACGUGGGUUCUAGUGGGUCCCAGGGGAAUGAAGCCCCUUCAAUGUUCCCCUUUCAAUGGGAAUAGAGGGUUUUAGGUUUUAUCACAAGUACUUUUUUAAUUAUCAACUUAUCUCUGGACAAGGCAAUGAGGACUAUCACUUAGCAAAACAUUGGUGUGAAUUUUUUAAGUGGUGGGGUUGCUACCGUGCAUACAAUCCACUAUUGCAGUACAUUUUUUUCCUGACUGAAUGCAGCACCAUGUUUUCAAAGGGAAGAGUAAUGUCUCUACUUGCACAUACAAUGUCUCUGUGUGGCUUAAAGGACUAAAUAAAUAAAAGAUAGGAGUAAAAUAUGAUUUGCCUCAAGUAUACAAUAAUGAACUAGAUAAGUCGAUAGAGUAAGCUUAUCCAAUACUUUUCGCUCAACAAACACAAUU